CAGGCUGUCAAAUCUGAAACUUCCUGGGGUGCAAUGCAUGCAAGACCGUUGCAAGUUCAUAACACUUAUUUCAAGCAUGUAACUCGUAGUAGAACUAGACGUUUGUAAUGACCCAAGCUACUUAAAUAGUAAGUGCAAGUAGUUAUUAGGAAAAGAGCGGGGUUUUAUUCGGGGGUGACUGUUGUUUGAGGACUCAUUUGGGUGUCUUGAGGAGGAUGUGGCUGCUGUGUUGACAGUGGCACGAGUCUUUCCAGCUCCGUAUAUCUCUAUAAAAGCACGGCAUGUAGAGAACAAGUAAAAAGGUGGGCGUCCAGGGCUCUCUGACUGGUGCUGUAAGUGGUGCUGGCUGCCAAGGUCAUGAAGAUCCGCUGGUCGAGGAAGGCGGCUUUCCUGGCUAAGGUCUGCUUCCUCCUCUGUCUACUGUGGCUCUUCUACCUCCUUAUAGUCCGUUCUGUGCCGUCCUCUUUGACUGAUAAUGAAGGUAAACGCAACAUCCUGGUCCGAGACGUUACUACCCUCACAGAGGGGGACUCUGACAGCCUCCUCCGGCCCAUUUAUGAGAAACUUCCACCAGACCCCAAUGCUCCUGGUGAAUAUGGCAGAGCCACUCGACUGACCCUCAGCACUGAGGAGAAGAAAGAGGAGGAGUCUGGUAUUGAGCGCUAUGCCAUUAACAUCUUCAUCAGUGACAAGAUCUCCCUCCAUCGCCACAUCCAGGACAACAGGAUGCAUGAAUGCAAAGCAAAGAAGUACAAUAUUCAUCGACUGCCCACUACAUCUGUGAUCAUAGCAUUUUACAAUGAGGCCUGGUCCACUUUACUCAGAACCAUUCAUAGUGUGUUGGAAACCACACCAGCCGUCCUACUAAAGGAGAUCAUACUUGUGGAUGACUUCAGCGACAGAGGCUAUCUGAAGUCACAGCUGGAGCAGUAUGUAAGUAAUCUGGAGCGCGUUCGUCUCAUUCGCACCAAGAAAAGAGAAGGUCUGGUACGGGCACGGCUCAUUGGCGCCACCUACGCUACAGGACACGUGCUCACCUUUCUUGACUGCCACUGUGAAUGUGUGCCUGGUUGGAUUGAGCCACUGCUGGAAAGAAUUGCUGAGAAUGAGACCACCAUCAUAUGUCCAGUGAUUGACACCAUUGACUGGAACACAUUUGAGUUCUACAUGCAGACUGCUGAGCCCUUGGUGGGUGGCUUUGACUGGAGGCUGACAUUCCAGUGGCAUGCUGUGCCUGAAAUCGAUCGCAAGAUACGGAAAUCCCGAAUUGACCCCAUUAGGUCUCCUACUAUGGCUGGAGGCCUAUUUGCCGUCAGCAAGGUCUACUUUGAGUAUCUGGGCACAUAUGACAUGGGCAUGGAGGUGUGGGGAGGAGAGAAUCUGGAACUUUCUUUUCGGGUGUGGCAAUGUGGGGGGUCUUUAGAAAUUCACCCAUGCUCCCAUGUGGGUCAUGUUUUUCCCAAGAAAGCCCCAUAUUCCCGAUCGAACUUCCUUCAGAACACUGUUCGUGCUGCAGAAGUCUGGAUGGACUCCUACAAGCAGCACUUCUAUAACCGAAACCCCCCGGCAAGCAAGGAAUCUUAUGGGGAUAUUUCUGAAAGGAUUUUAUUGCGAAAGCGACUCCAGUGUCAGAGCUUUAAAUGGUACCUGCAGAACGUUUACCCCGGCCUUCAUGUGCCAGAGGACAGGCCUGGCUGGCAUGGAGCGGUGCGUAGUGUCGGUAUCUACUCCGAAUGUCUGGACUACAACGCACCAGACCACAACCCCACAGGAGCUCAGCUGUCCCUGUUUGGCUGCCACGGUCAGGGUGGUAAUCAGUACUUUGAGUACACAUCUCAGAAGGAGAUCCGCUUUAACUCAGUGACUGAGCUUUGUGCUGAGGUCCAGGAUGGAAUGACACACAUAGGAAUGAAGCAUUGCCCACAAGAUGAUGUUCCAAGACCUCCCAGCAUCAUAUGGGAGUUCAAGCAUGAUGGGAGCAUAUAUAAUCCUCAUUCAAACAUGUGUAUCACCUCCUACCGCACUUCUGACGGCCGUGCAGACACCCAAAUGAGAAGUUGCACUCCUGGAGACAAACACCAGCAUUGGAAAUUCGAGUGACCUUAAAUGCUAUGUGAACUUGGAUGUAUGUGCAAUUAUCAAGGAGAAUGUCUCUUCAGACACAUAGCUUGGAAUAAAAAAAAGGAGUGAACAACAGGCAUAAAAAUGGGACAUAUUCUGCAAAUAGUGCCUUUGCAAACCAAAGUGGAUAUAAACUUGUAGUGUCAAGGUUUUUUUAUGUGCUAUUACAAGUCUGUAACAACUGUCCGAUAAAACAAAUUUCAAUGACACAUUGUGGCAAAUUCAACUAUCCAACAAACAUGUAGUGUUAUGUUGGACCAGCAUUUUUGUUUACAUUGAUACACUAUAUGCUUUUAGUGAAUGGUUUUUAAACUCAGUGGUAGCUACCUUUUAGCUAUACUGCACAGCUAUUUUAUUUAAUUGUACCAGAAGUGACUGAUUUCAGGAUGUUGUGAGCUGGAUCAUCUUGAUUGUGGCCUCUUGCUCUCCUGUCUUAUUUUUGUCUUAUUUGUGGCUGUAUUUUUGUAAAACUAGGGUAUUUAGGGUCUUUUCACCUUAUUUUGUGCAAGCUGCAUGGAUGGUUUUGGAACACUGGUGUUGAUGGAACUGUAACAGAAGAAGUAUUUUGUGGCUGUGUCACUCAGGAGACCAGCCACAUCAAUGUUCAAAUGGUUUGUUAAUAAGUACACUUCAAUUUGAAGUAGAUUACAGAAGUAGAAAAUGCACAUCAAAGGUGUAAAAAUGAAAAACAGUGUGCUGAAAAUGUGGACCAAACUCUUGAUAGAUUUUGUUUCUUCAUUCUCAUACCCACUUAGAAUUUUACAAGAUUCUUUUUAACUACACAUUUGGGAUUUAUCCACUGAACCCUUGAAAUAAAAGGAAUAGUUAAGCAAAAAAUGAAAAUUCUGUCAUCAUUUACUCACCCUCAUGACGUUCAAAACUUGUAUGGCUUUCUUUCUUCUGUGGAACACAAAUGGAGAUGUUAGGUUAAUGUCAGUGAAUCAUGACUGAAGCCCAAGUAUCUCGGUCAGACAUGAACGCUGAGCGUCCGCAUACAGGACGCGUGACACAAAUUUAGUUAUCAGCAGAUUGCUUGAACACUGAACGCGCGCAGCCUGAUUUUUCUAACCGCGUGUCUUUGAAUGUGCAGAAUGUGCAUGUGCCUGGAGUUAUUUGCACUAAUUAGAGGGUCCACAAGGUGGCAACACUCACAGUUGAGCCGUUGCUGUCAUGAAGAAGCGCUAGAAGAAUAUGUAAUCGCCGGUAAACAACAGGAGACGAAUGUGGAAACAACAACAGUACAUAUGCAAGUCAAGAACACGUGUGAGGAGGUCAGGAGAUUCCUGCAUUUGUAUAACUCGAGUCUGAACAAUAUAAAGACUAUCUUUAGGUGUCUAAACUCCUGAAGAUAAAUAGUCCAGUAACUCAACAGUGGUAGCGCAAAUGCGCAAAGUCAAAUGAAGUAUACUUGACUGACACUAAGCGUUCUCGUCAAAACCAAGGUAUACUUUGGGCGUAAGGCUAACAUUUUACUUGACAUCUCUUUCUGUGUUCCACAGAAGAAAGUAAAUCAAGUUUGGAACAGCAUGAGGGUGAGUAAAUGAUGACAGAAUUUUCAUUUUUUA